UCUGUAGGAGAACACAGUGUUGUUUAGAGAUAACAGGGUGCUGUAUGGAGCUGUAAUACCAGUAGUCUUACUGGCAGCACUUAGAGCAGAGUGUCACACAGCAGAGCCAGUUUUUGCAGCCCAAGUUCUUCUCACUGCAGUCUGGCUGAAGCAGCCCUGAUGUAUGUGAGUGGUCAUUCCUGCUGUGGGGCUGGUAAGAAUUGCUGCAGGAAAGAUGGACUGCAAGCCAAAGGCAAAUGCUGCUUGUUCUUCUGGGACUUUGGUCUUUGACUUCUAAUCUAGAAGUAUGAGCCAGAUAUGAUGGUGUUUAAUAGGAAUACAUGACUUUUUGAGCAGACAAUCAGCCACGAUCCUUGCACAGGGGAUUUAAAAUCAACUUCAAAUUAUUGGAGAAUUGCACUUCAAGAGGACUCAAGAUAGGAGAAGCAGGUCUUCACUAUAAUGGAAGAGGCCAAGAGCUCAAAGAAUGGAAAUCAUGACCCAAGGAAGUCUGUCCGUCUCGUCAGUGAGGAAGGCAAAGCAGUUAAAGUUACAAAUAAUCAAAAUUAUAAGCAUAAUAGAAAUGACAAAUCUGUGAAAGAUGUUGGGAGAAGUUCUCCAGGUGGGAAUAGCAGCAAAAAAAGUAAACAAAAUGAUGUUUUUUCUGAAAAACAAGGAGAAAAUAAAUCAUGCAAAGUAAAUAGUUGUAUUCCUGGGAUUAAAGACACUGGGUCAAAUGUUCAGGAGCGAAAUCAUGGAAAAGUAAAAAAAAAUUCUAAUUUAUCAUCAGCAGCGGAAAACCUGAAACAGACAAAAGGUCAACAAAUGGGAGAAAACUUUUUAGGCUCCCAUGUUUCAGGGAAUGGGGUCGAUAUGGAAACUUUAACAGCUACUCAGAAAGGGAAACUGGUUCUGGAAAAUCCACUUGAAGUUCAUGCAUUGAAGACUAAUGUUGAUCAGACUGGUGAUCCUGGUAGGACUGCUUCAGAUCAAAGAAAACUGGAACAUAAGACUGAUGACUUCAGUAAAAUAAAGAAUUCUGAAUCAACUAAAGAACAUACCUUGGAAACUGAUUAUUUAGAAAACACUGUUGUUAUUGAUGAGUCUAAUCUGACGGCUGAACAGCAGCUGGGAUUGAAACAAGCUGAAGAGCGUCUGGAAAGAGAUUAUAUCUCCCGACUGGAAAAACGCUCCCCAGAAUAUACCAACUGUCAGUAUCUAUGCAAGCUCUGCUUAGUUCACAUUGAAAAUAUCCAGGGAGCUCACAAGCAUAUUAAAGAAAAACGUCAUAAGAAAAAUAUAAUGGAAAAACAAGAGGAAAAUGAGCUGCGUGCCCUCCCACCCCCUUCUUCUGCACAGUUGGCUGCCCUGAGUUUUACACUCAUUGAGGCAGCAAAUGAACAAGGCAUAUCUGAUGAUGACUUCAGAAUUCGUCAAGAAAUUGUAAACGAGAUGGAGAAUAUUAUUCAACAGCCCUUACCAGACUGUUCACUGAGGAUGUAUGGCUCCUGCUUAACUCGAUUUGCUUUUAAAACCAGUGAUAUUAAUAUUGAUAUAAAAUUCCCACCUAAGAUGAGUCAACCAGAUGUUCUGAUACAGGUGCUUGAAAUCUUGAAGAACAGUGCUGUCUACUCUGACGUGGAGUCAGAUUUCCAUGCCAAAGUUCCUGUUGUCUUUUGCAAAGAUAUUAAAAGUGGUUUGACAUGUAAAGUUAGUGCUAGAAAUGAUGUGGCUUGCCUUACAACUGAUCUGCUGGCUGCUCUUGGUAAACUGGAGCCUGUCCUCAUUCCUUUGGUUUUGGCUUUCCGCUACUGGGCUAAACUCUGCCACAUUGACUGUCAGGCUGAAGGUGGAAUUCCCUCGUACUCCUUUGCCUUAAUGGUGAUAUUUUUUCUUCAGCAAAGAAAACCACCUAUUUUACCAUCAUAUUUGGGCAAUUGGAUUGAAGGCUUUGAUUCAAAGAAGCCAGAUGACCACCAGCUGAAAGGUAUAGAAGAAGAUGAGUUUGUACGGUGGGAGUACAAACCGUCAACAAAUGGUUCAGCAAAAAACUCAGUUGGAGCAGAAGGUAAAAGUAAAGUUGAACAGCAAAAAGGUGGUGGUAAGAAGGUAACAAGCUCAGAAGUGGACAACCAAAGUAAUGCAAAGGAGAAGCACGGCAAUUCUCUCUUAGCAUUCAAAACCCCUCACCAAGUUUCACUGGGGCAACUGUGGUUAGAACUGUUGAAGUUUUACACACUGGAAUUUGCUUUGGAGGAGUAUGUCAUCAGCAUACGGGUACAAGAACUCUUAACCAGAGAGAACAAGAACUGGCCUAAAAGGCGAAUAGCCAUUGAAGAUCCCUUUGCACUAAAGAGGAAUGUUGCACGAAGUCUAAAUAGCCAGAUGGUCUUUGAGUACAUUCUGGAGCGAUUUAGGACAGCAUAUAAAUAUUUUGCAUGUCCACAAAGUAAAGAUGGGAUUAAAUCCAAGACAGAUACCAGAAAGAAAGAGAAAGGGAAAAUUAAUAACAAGAAAUCCACAAGAUCUGAAGAGUCCAUAACCAACUGUUGCCUUCCACAAGGGGAUAAAAUUGUAGAUAAACAAAAUACAGGAAGUGCACGUACCAUACUGGAGAAUGAACUUGAAUGUAAUGAAAUGGAAGAAUCAGUAGCCAAAAGAUACGCUUUGAAGAACAGAGACUCUUUGCUACUUUCGACAUUGGACUCUAGUUAUGAUGAAGACAAAGAAGAAGCAUUAUCCCUUAUUUCUAAUGAAUGCUGUGAAUUAAAGCAAAAAUCACUUAAGGAGAGAGAUGAUCUAGAUAUUUCAGAAGUUUGUCUGACUGAAGGUGAGCUGAGCCACCAUUGUAACUGCAGUGAACAUCAGUCCUAUGACACAAAUUCUAGUAAUGAAUUCUCUGAUGCUGAAAGUAGACAGAGUUUGGUAAUGGAGUCUUCUCAGAACAAGUGCACUGGCACACCAGCUACCUCGCACAACUGCAAAGCAAUGGUGGAAGCUCACGAUCUCAAAGAUGAAGGCAGACUCUCUACAGAAGAAAUGCAUUAUGUGUUUGAUAAGUUUAUUUUGACUUCAGGAAAGCCUCCAACUAUAGUAUGCAGCAUCUGCAAACGGGAUGGACAUUCCAAAAAUGACUGCCCUGAGGAUUUUAAGAAAAUUGAUCUUAAACCACUACCACCAAUGACAGACCGAUUUCGGGAAAUACUUGAUAUAGUGUGCAAGAGAUGUUUUGAUGAAUUAUCUCCUCCUUUAUCUGAGCAACAAAACAGAGAACAAAUUCUGGCAAGUUUGGAAAGAUUUAUUCGUAAAGAGUAUAAUGAUAAAGCUAGACUUUGCUUGUUUGGCUCUUCAAAGAAUGGAUUUGGAUUUCGGGAUAGUGAUCUAGAUAUCUGCAUGACAUUGGAAGGCCAUGAAAAUGCAGAGAAAUUGAACUGUAAAGAAAUAAUAGAAGGUUUGGCAAAAGUUCUUAAGAAGCAUCCAGGUCUGAGAAACAUCUUGCCUAUAACAACAGCCAAAGUGCCUAUAGUAAAAUUUGAACACAGACGAAGUGGCUUAGAAGGAGAUAUCAGUUUAUACAAUACACUGGUAAGUAUCUGUUUGUUUGACUGAGUUCAAAAAAAAGCU